CUUUUCUUUCUUUUUUUUCUUUUUCUUUUUUUUGUUGUUAGUUUUUUUGUUUACCAAAUAAAACAUUGUAUUAUGGGAUAUGCUGAUAGUAAUGAGCUUCAUUUAUAAAGUAACCUAUGGGUUCUGCUAUGUGAAACUAGAUUGCAAUUUCAAAAGGAGAUUAAACAUUUAAGAGAGAUAUGCAUAAAAAGCCAAACAUAAAAAGUAGAACAUAGUGUAUUUAUAUGAAGAGGCUAGGCCUAUAGCAUAAAAAAAAUCACAAAAAUAUACAAAAUACCCAAAUUUAUAGCUACCAAAAAAGAAAAGACAAGUUUUGUGUAUUUCUUUAUCAUAACUCGUGGUGGCGCUGUACACCAGCAGAAAAUAUUCUUCCUAUCCUAGCCUUCGGAGAGGACACACAUUAUUCUGCUUCUGACUGCUGAUUUCAACAAAAAGGCGUCUACGAUCGUUAGUCGAGUUCAUUUAGCUACUUUGUGUUAUCAACAUAUCAGAUUGUUUUUUGUCUGGAUCAGCGAUGAAGUGGAUCUUUCCUUUUGUUCACCUUCAUCGGGUUUCUUUGCUUCUCCUUUUGUUCCGGGCCGCUUAUGGAGACGUGAGCUUUUCUUUCCCAGAGGAGAUGAAACGAGGAUCGGUCAUUGGAAAUGUCGCCAAAGAUCUCGGGCUGCAGACGGCCGCACUGUCCGCCAGAAGAGCGCGCAUCGACACCGACGGGACUGACAAACGUUACUGCGACAUAAACCUGAAGAACGGAGAGCUGAUUGUGGCCGACAGGAUUGACCGCGAGGGGCUUUGCGGAGAAAAGGUUUCCUGCAUUUUAAAACACGAGCUCGUGCUGGAAAAUCCUCUCGAGCUUCAUCGUGUCAACCUUCAUGUUCAAGAUAUUAAUGACAACUCGCCAAAGUUUAAAGAAAAAAAUAUCAAUUUAGAAAUUCGUGAGUCUGCGGACAGGGGAGCGCGCUUUAUGAUCGAGGAGGCGCACGAUGCGGAUGUGGGAGAAAAUUCAGUGCAGCGAUACAACCUUCAGAAGAACGAUCAUUUUAUUCUGGCUGCGAAUGGAAACAACAUUGAGCUUGUUCUAGAUAAAGAACUUGAUCGUGAAAAGCAGAAGGAAAUGGAUCUGCUCCUCACAGCUGUAGAUGGUGGAUCUCCUCAGAAAUCAGGAACAGUCGUCAUCCACAUCACCGUGCUGGAUGCCAAUGAUAACGCCCCAGUGUUCAGCCAGGCCGUGUAUGAAGCCAGUCUGCCCGAAAACUCCCCUUUAGAGACUGUGGUGGUUACAGUGAGCGCAACAGACGCAGAUGAGGGAGUCAAUGGAGAUGUUUCUUAUGAAUUCGGACAUGUUACAGAAGAAGUGAUGAAAACCUUCAGUAUUGAUGUGAAAGUGGGUAAAAUUCUGGUGAAAGGUGCAAUUGAUUAUGAAAGUACAACAUCAUUUGAAAUACGUGUUAAAGCGAGGGAUGGUUUGGGACUUUCAUCUUAUGCUAAAGUAAUUAUUUCUAUCACUGACGUGAAUGACAACGCCCCUAUAAUCAGUCUGAAUUCUUUGUCUAACUCCAUCCCAGAGAAUGCCCCUCCUGGUACAGAGGUGGGCAUCAUUAAUGUGCAGGACAGAGACUCUGACAAGAACGGACAGGUCCGCUGCUCCAUUCAAGCAAACGCUCCUUUUAAGUUGGUUCCUUCCAUCAAAAACUAUUAUUCUGUGGUGAGCACAGGACAGCUGGACCGUGAACUAGUGUCUGAUUACAACAUUACCAUCAGCGCCACUGAUGAGGGCUCUCCACCUCUGUCCUCAUCUAAAACUGUCCACUUAUCUGUAGCUGACAUCAACGACAACCCACCUGUGUUUGAGGAACAGUCGUACAGCGCAUAUGUGAGUGAAAACAACCAAGCUGGCUCCACUUUAUGUUCCGUGAGCGCUCGAGACCCCGACUGGAGACAAAACGGUACAGUGAUUUAUUCUCUGCUAGCUGCUGAGGUGAACGGAGCCCCGGUGUCCUCCUAUGUCUCUGUGAACGGAGACACAGGGCUGAUCCACGCUGUCAGGUCGUUUGAUUAUGAACAGUUGAGGAGUUUUCAAGUGCAGGUGAUGGCCAGAGACAACGGUUCUCCUCCACUGAGCAGCAACGUGAGCGUGAGUGUGUUCAUCUCUGAUGUGAACGACAACUCUCCUCAGAUUCUGUACCCCGCCCCAGAGGGCAGCUCCUUCAUGACUGAGCUGGUCCCCAAAGCUGCACAUGGAGGCUCUCUGGUGUCCAAAGUGAUCGCGGUGGACGCCGACUCCGGUCAGAACGCCUGGCUGUCCUAUCAUAUAGUCAAAUCCACUGAUCCAGGACUUUUCACCAUUGGUCUGCACAGUGGAGAGAUCAGGACGCAGCGGGACAUUUCCCAAUCUGACAGCAUGAAACAGAACCUGAUUGUGGAAGUCAAAGAUAACGGACAGCCCUCUCUGUCUGCCACCUGUGCCAUGUAUUUACUGAUCUCGGAUAACUUGGCUGAGGUGCCAGAACUGAAGGAUAUUUCUUACGAUGAGAAGAACUCCAAACUGACUUCCUAUCUGAUCAUCGCUCUGGUUUGUGUGUCCACCUUCUUCCUGACCUUCAUCAUCAUCAUCUUGGGUGUGAGGUUUUGUCGCAGGAGAAAGCCCCGACUGUUGUUUGAUGGAGCAGUUGCCAUCCCCAGUGGUUAUCUGCCUCCUAAUUAUGCAGAUGUUGACGGCACAGGAACUUUACGCAGCGCUUACAAUUAUGACGCGUACCUGACAACAGGAUCUAGAACCAGUGACUUUAAGUUUGUAUCCUCUUACAAUGACAACACGCUGCCUGCUGACCAGACUCUUAGGAAAAGUCCCACUGACUUUCUCGAGGCUUUUGGUGAUUCUGCUGAUUCAACAGAGGGACACAGCUCAGAGGUUAUCUCUCCUGCUUCACUUUAAGAUGGCUGGUACCUGUCUGUGUGGAGUUUGCCCUUUUCUUCCAUGCGUGUGUUCUCUCCAGGCACUCCGGCUACCUCCCACAGUUCAAAAACAUGCUUCACAGAUUAGUUGAUGACUCUAAAUUGUUACUAGUGUUGAAUGUGUGUGUGCUUGGGUGAGUGAUUGUGGCCCUGCUACAGUCUGGCAACUAGUCCAGGGUGUUCCCCACCUUUGCCCAGUGGCCAGGUUUGACUACGGCAGCCCCAUAAGGGAUGAAAGGGGUUUAGAAAAUGGAUAGAUGGAUUUUUGUUUGUUUUGUUCUUGUUUCUCUUCUUGUUUCCAUUUUUUUUCU